UUAUAUGGAUCGAUCGAUCGCGUACGUGACCCAAUUCGCUCCAACCAUCUCGCUCGCGCGCUUUCCGUUCCGGCCAUAUAUUGUCGUCGUCGUCGUCUCCCAGUUUGUUCUGCGCGAGAUCGAUCGAUGCUACAGCUACUCGCUCUGCUCCGGCCGCCAUCAGCAAUGGCGGGCGAUCCCGGCGGCGAGGUGAAGUACCCGCUGGACGCGGAGUCGUACCGCCUCCUGUGCAAGAUCGGCAGCGGCGUGAGCGCGGUGGUGUACAAGGCGGUGUGCCUGCCGCUGGGCUCGUCGGCGGUGGUGGCCAUCAAGGCGAUCGACCUGGAGCGCUCCCGCGCCAACCUCGACGACGUGUGGCGGGAGGCCAAGGCCAUGGCGCUGCUCUCCCACCGCAACGUGCUCCGCGCCCACUGCUCCUUCACCGUCGGGAGCCACCUCUGGGUGGUCAUGCCCUUCAUGGGCGCCGGCUCGCUCCACUCCAUCCUCUCCCACGGCUUCCCCGACGGCCUCCCGGAGCCCUGCGUCGCCGUCGUGCUCAAGGACACACUCCGCGCGCUCUGCUACCUCCACGAGCAGGGCCGCAUCCACCGUGACAUCAAGGCUGGGAACAUCCUCGUCGACUCCGACGGCUCCGUCAAGCUCGCCGACUUCGGCGUCUCGGCCUCCAUCUACGAGACCGGGCCGGCGGCGUCCUCCGGGCCCAUCCACGCGCCGCCGCCGGCCGCCCUCGGCUCGUCCUGCUUCAACGACCUGGCGGGGACGCCCUACUGGAUGGCGCCCGAGGUCAUCCACUCCCACGUCGGCUACGGGAUCAAGGCCGACAUCUGGUCGUUCGGCAUCACGGCGCUGGAGCUCGCGCACGGCAGGCCGCCGCUCUCCCACCUGCCGCCGUCCAAGUCCAUGCUGAUGCGGAUCACCAGCCGCGUUCGCCUCGAGGACGCCGAGGCGACGACCUCCGCCUCCGCCAAGAGGAAGAAGUUCUCCAAGGCGUUCAAGGACAUGGUGUCCUCCUGCCUCUGCCAGGAGCCGGCCAAGAGGCCGUCGGCGGAGAAGCUCCUCCGCCACCCAUUCUUCAGGGGCUGCCGAUCAAACGACUACCUCGUCCGCAACGUCCUCGCCGCCGUCCCGAGCAUCGAGGAGCGGUGCAAGGACGCCAAUCUCUGCGGCUGCGCCAGGGGCGCGCGCUGCGUCUCGCCGUGCCGCCACGCCGCGGGCAGCGUCGUCAAGAACCGGCGGAUCAGCGGCUGGAACUUCAACGAGGAGAACCUCGAGUUCGACCCGGCCGAGGCGGGGGCGGCGGAGAAGAGGUGCGGCCUUCCGUUCCACGAGGAGGAGGACGACGACCCUGCCGAGCUGGAGAGCAACUCCGCCGGAGAUGGCAACGAGGAUAGCCGGGCGACGGCGACGACGACGCGAGGGAGCCACGACGAGAAGGCGGCGGCGACAUUUAAGGAGGUGGUGGUUCCGCAGCUGAUGACCAUCUUGGCGAGCCUGGAGAUGCAGAGGGGCAUGGUGAUGCACGUGCUGGAGAACGGCAGCUGCCACGUCGCCGACGGCAUUAAUGGAUGCGGCGGCAUGGCAGCUUCUAAUCCAGGGGAGGAGAUGCUGCUCGGGUACGUGCGGCAGCUGGAGCACAGGGUGGAGGAGCUCGGCACGGAGGUGGAGGAGGAGGUGGCGCGGAACGCCCGGUUGGAGAAGCAGCUGCAGGAGAGGGUUAGUGCCCACAAGACAGAUUCUUCAUCUCAGACAUCAGGGAGCAAUUGAGAUCGUUCAGCGUGUUCGUGCAGCGCUAGCGUCGGACGGUUGCUGCUUUUCUUGCUAGAUUGAAUAUAAUCAUUGUAAUCACUUAUGUUGUCACUGUGGCACCAUUAUUCAUAAAGGCCUUUUUUAUUCUA